CCGGGCCGGGCCGGGCUGAGUUGGACUGGGCGGGGGCGGCGGCGGCGGCAGCCACAGGCGGCGGGGCGCCUCUGCAACUGUGAGCAUCGCUUCCGUCCCUCACUCUGAGUGAGGCGGAAUCCACCUUCCCCCUCUCCGGGGGUUACCGGGCUACCAUGAUUGAGGCUGCUUGCCGAGGACGUUCGGCCUCUCCGGGAGAUGAGCCACUGUGUACCCGAGGGAGCUGUUGUGAUGUUGAGGAGAUGGUGAUACCGCUCUGACUUCCUCCUGUUUCUUGGAACUGAAUGAAGAUUGUGUACAACGAGGGCGUGUUUAACGAAGCAUAAACCAAGGGUUUGCCAGCAGUCGUUGGAUUAAUUUUAAACUGUGAAAAGACCUUGCAUAAGGCAAAAUGCUUAUAAAGGAAUAUCACAUCCCUCUUCCCAUGAGCGUUGAGGAGUAUCGUAUUGCACAACUGUACAUGAUUCAGAAAAAGAGCAGAGAAGAAACCUGUGGAGAAGGGAGUGGGGUAGAAAUCCUUGAGAACAGGCCCUACAACGACGGUCCUGGUGGAUCUGGCCAGUACACCCAUAAAGUCUACCAUAUUGGUAUGCACAUCCCCAGCUGGUUCCGGUCGAUUUUACCAAAAGCUGCAUUGCGUGUAGAAGAAGAAUCGUGGAAUGCCUAUCCUUAUACCAGAACCAGGUAUACCUGUCCCUUUGUAGAGAAAUUCUCCAUUGACAUCGAAACGUAUUAUAAAGCUGAUUCAGGAGAUCAAGGAAAUGUAUUUAAUCUCUCAGCUGCCGAGAAAAGACAGCGGAUGCUUGAUCCUAUUGACAUUGUUAAAGACCCAAUUCCACCGAAUGAAUAUAAAACUGAAGAGGAUCCCAAACAGUACAAGUCCACCAAGACAGGACGGGGACCCUUGUCGGACAAUUGGAUUGAUGAGUGCAAAAACAGAACCGGAAAAAUGCCAAUUAUGUGUGCGUAUAAACUCUGCAAAGUUGAGUUUCGAUACUGGGGAAUGCAAUCCAAAAUUGAGAGAUUUAUUCACGAUGUGGGUUUAAGGAAGGUGAUGCUGAGGGCUCACCGGCAAGCGUGGUGUUGGCAAGACGAGUGGUAUGGUCUGACCAUUGAGGACAUCCGGCAGCUCGAGCACGAAACGCAGCUUAUGUUGGCCCAGAAAAUGGCCCAGUUUGUGACCCAGUUCAACGUAAAUGACAAUGAAACCGAGCCAACAGGCCUGGCCCAGUUUUCCAGUGAGCGAGAGCAGGACACCAACAAUGCCAAUGUCAGCCUGGGUGCAGACUCCAGCACUGCCAACCUGAAGGACUACGGCGACUCCUUAACAGAAAAAGCACUGACCAAGCAAUGGUCCACGUCAUCCAAAUCAUCCCAUUCAUCAGUGAGAGGAGCAAGCCCUUCACGUCACAAUAUCUCAGACUGGCGGAUGCAGAGUAUAGCUCGAGACUCAGACGACAGCUCAGACGAUGAAUUCUUCGAUGCACAAGAAGACUUUUCAGACAACGAGGAAAGCUUCCCUCAAGAAAUCACGAAAUGGAAUUCAAAUGACCUCAUCGAUAAAAUUGAAGCGUGUGGAGAGAAUGAGGAGAGGCCGUGUGACUUGUACCAAGGCCAGUUGAGAGACUAUAUCCCAACCAGUGCAGAGCAGCUCAAUCCAGUUGAGGAUGAACCAUCGUUGCAAACCUUGCAGUCUUGUAAGGUUCACAUGCUGGUCCUCAUACUACACGGUGGUAACAUACUGGACCCGGGCAGUGGAGACCAGACCUCCAAGCAGGCCGACGUCAACACCAUAACCUCAGUCUUUGACACGGUGAUGAGAGUCCACUUCCCCGCAGGUCUCGGCCACAUCGCAGUGAAGCUGGUUCCGUGCCCCGCCAUCUGCUCCGAAGCCUUUUCACUGGUCUCAAACCUCAGUCCCUUGAGCUACGAUGAGGGCUGUUUAUCUAACAACCAGGACCACAUUCCACUGGCAGCCCUUCCUCUGCUGGCCACAGCCUCACCCCAGUACCAAGAGGCCGUCGCGACAGUCAUUUUCAGAGCAAACCAGGUGUACAGUGAUUUCAUCAAGUCACAAGAAGGCGCCUCCUUCAAUGGACAAGUGUGUUUGAUUGGAGACUGCGUGGGUGGAAUCCUGGGAUUCGAUGCCCUGUGCUUCAGCAACCAGACCGUGUCGGAGAGCCAGAACAGCAGCCGACGAGGCAGUGUCCUGAGCGUGCAGGACAACGAUCUGUUAUCUCCUGGAAUUGUUGUGAAUAACACUGCUGGCUCAAAUCUGGAAUCCAGUCGGCAUCUCAGCAGAAGCAACAUUGACAUUCCUCGAAGCACCGCUGAUAAUCCAAACAAGCAGUUGCCGAGAAAGAGAAGCGAUUCCUCUACGUACGAGCUCGACACCAUUAAACAUCAUCAGGCUUUUCUGUCCAGUUUGCAGUCAAGUGUUCUGAGGACGGAUUCCGGGUCCAGGCGAUCGAGCAGUUCCACCAUGCUGGAAGGAAUGAACCCUGGCAAGUUUGAAUUUGAAGUGACUGAUUUCUUCCUGUUCGGUUCCCCUCUGGGGCUGGUGCUGGCUUUGAGGAAGACUGUUGUCCCCAGCUUGGAUGUGUCCCAGCUGAGACCGGCAUGCCAGCAGGUGUACAAUCUGUUCCACCCAGCCGAUCCCUCAUCUUCCCGCUUGGAGCCGCUCCUGGAGAAGAAGUUUCAUCUGUUACCUCCGUUCAAUGUUCCCCGCUACCAACGAUUCCCACUGGGCGACGGCACCUCUGCUGUUCUGGCGGAUGUCAUUCAGACUCACGUCGGCGUCUUCGCAGAAGGUUCAUCUCCUUCCUCUCCCUCAACAGCCCCGAUAUUCAGGGCGUUCCGCAGAGCGAGUGAGACCAGCAUUGCCAGCCAAGUAUCAGGAAUGGCCGAUAGUUACACAGCUUCCAACAUCACUAACACGAAAAAAUAUCACUCAGCCCUUAACAAAACGUUGGGUUUCUUGUCCAAACUUAUCCCCUACAACAAAGCCCUUCCACACUGCCUUGACCCUCAGGACUGUAAACAGUCCAAACCUGUGCUGUCACAGAGUCACGGCAAGCUGAAAGCAAGUUCACCAACACAGAGAGUCUCAGAGAUGGACCUCCAGACAGUUGCAGCGAGGUGGUGGGGAACUAAGAGGGUUGACUACGCUCUCUACUGCCCUGAUGCUUUAACAGCCUUUCCGACAGUCGCCUUGCCCCACCUCUUUCAUGCCAGUUACUGGGAGUCAACUGACGUCGUCUCCUUUCUGCUACGACAGAUAAUGAGGCAUGAAAAUGCAAGUGUUCUGGAACUGGACGGGAAGGAAGUCUCAGUGUUCAGCCCUUCAAAACCGCGCGAGAAGUGGCUUCGCAAGAGGACACAUGUUAAAUUAAGGAACGUCACAGCCAAUCAUCGCGUGAACGAUGUGAUUGUUAGUGAAGACGGUCCUCAGACAUUGACGGGGCGUUUCAUGUACGGACCCCUGGAUAUGGUCACACUGACGGGUGAGAAGGUGGAUAUUCACAUCAUGACUCAGCCUCCCACAGGAGAGUGGGUGUAUUUUGACACUGACAUCACAAACAGCAGCGGCAGAAUUUCUUACGUUAUUCCAGAGAACAAAAGGCUGGGGAUCGGUGUCUACCCAGUAAAAAUGGUGAUUAGGGGGGACCACACGUCUGGAGACAGCUACAUAACAGUGCUGCCGAAGGGGACGGAAUGUGUGGUGUUCAGCAUCGACGGGUCGUUCGCAGCCAGUGUUUCCAUCAUGGGUAGCGACCCGAAGGUCAGAGCUGGAGCCGUUGAUGUUGUGAGGCACUGGCAGGAUCUCGGAUACUUCAUCGUGUAUGUGACAGGGCGACCGGACAUGCAGAAGCAGAGGGUGGUGGCCUGGCUGGCUCAGCACAACUUCCCACACGGGAUCGUCUCGUUCUGUGAUGGACUCGUUCACGAUCCUCUCAGGCACAAAGCCAACUUCCUCCGCAGCCUCGUUCACGAUGUGUCAGUGAAGGUCCACGCAGCCUAUGGAUCUACGAAGGAUAUUUCAGUUUAUGCCUCCCUGGGCUUAUCACCUUCUCAGAUCUACAUUGUGGGCCGCCCAGCUAAGAAAUAUCAGAAUCAGUGCCAGUUUCUGACAGAUGGAUAUGCGGCACAUUUAGCCCAGCUGGAAUAUAACCAGCGAUCCCGUCCUGCCAAAAGCAAUUCCCGAAUGGUGCUGCGGAAAGGUAGUUUUGGUUUGGCUGCACAGCCGGACUUCCUGCGGAAAAGGAAUCAGUUACUGCGUACGAUCUCCGGCCAGCAGACGACGUCCACCUCCUCGAAGCCAGAGCGGACACAGAGCCAAUCUGAAGGUGAGCGCGACCGAGACAAGGAGCGUGGUCACAGGAGCAUGAGCAUCACGGCAGGCUGCUGGGGCCGCACAGGCACCUCCAAACUGGAAUCUGGGGUUUAAUGAAGACACGGGGUGGCGAGGGGGCAAGAGUUGGCAUCGGCUACAGAGCUGGGGCGGGGGUUGGGUUAAAGCCGCAAAGGAGGAACGUGCUGGGGUUGUAACGUGCAGGUGAAUGGUACCAUGGUGCUAACCACGUGAUACAGAAGACAUGAACUCGUAUUGUUUGUGAACUUUGAGCCUUAACAAUUCAGUGUUGCAUUUGUAGGACACUAGCUCAAGUUACCCUUUGUUAUAGAGAUGUAGUCCGAACUUUUAGAACCUGCAAUCUUUUCUAUUGGAAUUUUGUCAAAUUUAAAUAUAGAGACCCAGUCCUCCCGUCACUGUCACUGGUGUUGUUAAAGGUACACAUACUUCUCAAAAAUGUCUGGAAAUCCAGCAGGAAACCCACACAGACAAAAACUGUUAAUUUUCAACACACAUAAAAUGCUGAAAGAUCUCAGCAGGCAGUGUCUAUGGAAAAGGGUCAACGAUCGAUGUUGCGGGCCGAGACCCUUUGUUAAGUCUGGAAAGAAAGAGAAAUCAGAGUAAGGAGGGGAGGAACAACACUUUAUAUUCCAUCUGGGUGGCCUCCAACCUGAUGGCAUGAACAUUCUGGUAAUUGCCCCCCUCCUCCACCAUUCCCCAUUCCUGUUUCCAUCUCUCAUCUUAUCACCUCCCUCCGGUGCUCCUCCCCCUUUCCUUUCUCCCAUGAUCUUUUGUCCUCUCCUAUCAGAUUCCCCCUUCUCCAGCCUUUUAUCUCAACUUCCCAGCUCUUCAGCCCUCCUCCUCUCCUGGUUUCACCUUGUAUUUCUUCCUCCUCUUCCCCACCUCUCCCCUUCCUCUCCAGUGCUGAUGAAGGGUCUUGGCCAGGAACGUCAACUGUUUAUUCAUUUCCAUAGAUACCGCCUGACCUGCUGACUUCCUCCAGCAUGUUGUGUUUUUGUUCCAGCAGCUGCAGAUUUCCUCAUGUUUGCUUUAAUGUUCGUUUAGUUUGGUUCUUGUAGCUUAACGCUGAGAAUGCUUCUUUCACAAAGUAAUCCUCUCCAUAAACAAAAUUAAGUAUCUGAAAUCAGCCCAGUACAAAGAUAAACGUUAAAAGAACUAGGUUCCUCGACUCCCUAGUAAUUAGAAUAAUGCCAACGGAAUGGACUACUUUUGCUGACUAAAAGGGUAAAGAGAAACUUGAGGUUGUAUGCAAUGCAAUAAAUAAAAUUAAAAGCUGAUUAUUUCAGAGAUGGACCGUUUCAGUAAAUCAUGUCCUGCAAAGCAAGAUGGAGGAAAAGUGCACUGAAAGAAAAGGCAUUGGGCUUGAAGUUAAACUGGUUGGUUCGGGGCUUAAAAAGGACUUAGACCCAAGUAAUUUCCUACUGAAUGGAGAUACUAAACUGCCAACACUUUAAGUAGCUUUCUUUUACAGAUGGUACGGUUGCCUUCGUAAAAUAAGACUUUUGUACCACAGAAGAACCGUAUUUAACUCCUUCCCCUGAGACCGGUCAGCGGACUAGUUUUAUUGUAGGGCUGACGGGAGGAAGCUAUUCGGAUAUUUGCCUAGCUAAAACUGGUGCUUCAUUUUGUACAGAGCCAAGCGAAUCCCACUGCAGGCAAUGAAGACAGUUUCUCAUCAAAAUGUAAAGGUGGCUUGUCAUACCAAGUGCUUCCAUUGGUACAAGGGGGUCUGAUUGUUGAUUCGUCCAGUCAUCGCGAUUCAGUUCACAGAUUCCCCAUUUGUAUUAUAGGGUUUGGGAAAGAUCAUUCAAACAAAAUUGCGUAAUUCACAGUCAUGCAAUUUGAAGAAAGGGAUUGAGAUGAAUAUUCCUUGACCAUGUUUCUCAGUGCUGGGUGUAAAAUGACAGUGGAUGCAUCUAUUAUAACAAUGUUCAUUCUGUUUUAAAGCGUCAUUGGUAUCCUUGCACCCUCUCUCUCCCCAGACACACCAGGCCUGCCUGAUUCCAAGUCUCUGCUCGUUUGAAAGUGCUGUCAGCAAACUUGUCAGGGGAGAGCAGAGCUUUAGGUGAAAACUGUGCCCUUAUGUUUUGUCACUGCAAAUAAUAAAACUGAUCAGAAAUAAUUGGGAAGAUGUGUAGCUCAGGUGGUCCAUGGUUGAGUUGCGUUGUUUUCCCGUCGUGGCAAUAUACUGGCAAAUAUUUCGUCACCGUGUGAGGAAACAUCAUCAAUGUGGUGUGCCCUCCAAAUGCUUGGCCUUUUCAGUCAUUCUCCCCGUGCCUGUUUGGGUUCUGUCCACGAGCUCCAGUUUGCUCCUACAGGCCGAAGACCUAGCACAGUAGGUUAAUUGGUUCGGACUAGGAUUACUGGGCAGCACAGCUCAAAGACCCUCCUCCAUGUGGUGUCAAUAAAUAAAUAAUGUAUAGGCUUGAGGUCCACGUGUUUAUAGAAUUGUUUGCAGCAAACCACACUUCUGUGAAUGCUCUUGCAUCCCAAGUGUUCAGCCCUUCAAGUUGAAUCCUAAUCUGAACCAAUUAACCUACCAUGGUGAGAGCAAACCGGAGUACCCAGGAGGAAACCCAGACGAUCAAGGGAAGAACAUUCAUCCCCUUAACAGGCAGUGGCAGGAAUUGAACCCGAGUGGGUUGUGCGUACCACUAUGUUACCGUGCUGCCCCAACACAGGCAAAGUUAUGAGCCGAUGCGGGCAAAAUUCCAGACCACAACACACAAAAUUUGCCACACAGCCGAACAGGGACCAUAUUUCCUCUCCACAUCACAAGAGUUUUCUGAAGUGACGCCCAACCAGCUGAUUGAGAAGUAUAUAAAGACCAAGCAUUCAGAGGACACACCACAACCUGGUGAUGUCUCCUCACACGGUGACAAACAUUCACAAUUAAAUUGCCAAACUCAGAGGAAAAUUCAACCCAACCAUAAAACUAACUGAAAGAUAAAACAUGGAGCUGGGAGAUAACCUGUGAGCACCUCACUAAAGUGGGAAAAAAACGAAGUAGGCAUAUUUAUCCCGGUCUCCUUGUGAUUACUUUAGUUUUGUGUUUUGGAGUUACAAAUAAACGUAAUGUCCCCAGUUAUACUGAAACCCUGAAUGGUUUUCAUUGGCUGUAACAGCACGUGAACCCUUUUAGCUAAAAUGGAAUAAUCUCACUUUAAUUACAGUUCGUCCAAAAUACUAGUGACGCUGGAAAUCUGAGACAAAAACAGGAAAAGUCGGAGACGGUUAAUUGGGCCAGGUAGUGAUUGACGAGAGAGAGAAAGAUGUCGAAUUCGUAUUUCAGGCAAUUAAAACUUCUUGUUGAGUUUCUCUCGCCAUGGAAACCGUAUGACCUGAGGAGUAUUUGACACCUUCUGGUUUAAUUUCAAAAUAGCGUUUAUUGUGUUCCCUUUCACUGAAAGAGGUCUGUUUGUUCACAAGGUAGUUCAAUCAGAAUGACUGCAUUAAGAAAAAAUAGAUUUAAGAUCCAACAAUCUAACAUUGAAUUUGGUAAGAAAAGUCAAUAAUGCAUCUGCUCUGCGGAAGGAGAUUGGAAAUAUUCUGUAAUAAAAAUUGUUUGUAGAUAGUGUAAAGCUAAUAAUAAUUGUAAAUGCAGAUCUAAAUAAGGGGAGAGAUAUUUAUUUGUGUAGAUAAACUGCAGAUGGCAAAACCUUCAGAUUUAUUAAUAUUUAAAAUAUAAAGUUUUGCUUUGACUGGUUUAGAUUAUUGUACGGACCAAGAAUAAUGUAACUGUUCACUGCACACGUGCAAUAUACCACUGUUCAUUGUCAGUAAUCAUGGCAUCGACAAUCAAGGUCGUGGUGUGCUGGAAUCGAUGUGACUUUUUGGUGAGCUCAGCCAUGAAGUUUUUGCCCCUGCCCGUCAGCCACCUUCCUGUAGCCAUAUUCACCUUACUGUGCAGAAAAAUCCAAGGUAGUGGUGUUAACUUCCCCUCCUCCUGCCCCUUCACCAAUGCCACUUACACUACUUAGGAAAGUGAUUCCCCCCUUGCCAGAUGUGGUAUGUGUCCUGGUGUCACCUGAACACAGACAAGCGUGAGCAGUUUCACUGGGAUUCAGGCACACUCACUGAAUCAACAUCAUCAGAGAUCCAGGAUAGUCAGUACUGUGAGCAUACUCAACAAACAGGCAACACCUGCUAGUUCUCAGCCAAAUAUAGUGAACAUUUUUAAUACAAUUCACUGAAUUAAUUCCAAGUCAUUGAAGUUUUCCCCCUUGUUAUGUUUACAGACGACAGAAGGUAACUUGGCAUUUGCUGGAGUUAACCAUUCUGCCUGCACCUUGGCUUGAUCUAGUGAUUCUCGGUAACGAUACAGAAUGUUGCCAAUAUUCGCUCUGUAUGACUGUAAAAGCCAGCAGCUGUUCCGCCUGUGAGCUCAAUAGUAAAGACGUCUGUCCCCAGGCAGUCCACAGCAGGUUUAGGGUUCCUCCUGACAACUCACCAAAGGGUCUCGUGUAAAUCCAGCCACUCCCAUCACACUGGAACACAGGGUUGUCUUGCUCGUUUAUGGUCAGACAGCUUCUGCAUUGAAGUAUUCUCCAUUCUUCCCUGUGCCAACAGCACAGGAAUAUUGAUAACUUUGACAAUAAUUUUUUUAUUCAGAAGUGUUUGUUAUAUUUUAUUUAUAGAAAUAUUACAUAUGGAAUUGUUAAAUAUUGCAAAUGGCAAACGUGUACAAUUUGCUAGACUUGUUAAUCAAGGCACACCUCAAAUGAAUUAAAUACUGUAUUAGAUUUAACAUACUGCCCCCAGUUCUCUAAUCCUUAAGAGUUUUAGUUCACUCUGUGUGUAGAGAUGUUCUGAGAGCUGUUCAGGUGUGUGUAACACUGCCACUGCGCGUUGUACAGACUGCGACUACUGCUUGUUAUUGUACCAUUGUUAUUAUUGCCAAGCUGUGCAUUGUGCAUACUUGUACGUUAAAUGGAUUAAACAAAAAUGGGACAGAAUUACUUUCCGUUGUCAUUUAUUCAUACUUCAGAUCCUGGUACAAAUUAAAAUCAUUAUCACAUUCUCUGUAAUGGUCAGCCAUGCUUUGAACACUGAGGUUAACUAAUGACGGGGUUCCAAACAUCACCUUCCUCCAGUGCCAGUCCCAAUAUUUUUUAUUUUAUUUUGAUAUACAGCGCGGAACAAGCCAUGCCGCCCAGUCAUGGGAAACUUCUGCACUCAGUGGGUGGUGAGAGUGUGGAACGAGCUGCCAGCACGAGCUCGAUUUGGAUAGGUACCUGGAUAGCAGGCGUUUGGAGGGCAGUGGUCUGGGUGCAGGGACCAGGUAGUUGAAAUGGUUUGGCACCGACUAGAUGGGCAGAAGGGCCUGUUUCUGUGCUGGACUUGUCUAUGACAAUUUACAAUGACCAGUUCACUUACCAACCAGUAUGUCUUUGGACUGUGGGAGGAGCAUACUGAGGAAAUUCACGCACCCACAGGAAGGACAUAGAAACUGCCUUUGAGGAUGAUGGAAUUGAACUCUGAACUCCUGAGCUAAGAGCAUCACGCUAACCGCUACAUUACUGUGGCAGUUUAUAACAAUAAUUCUUUUUAAAAAGGCAGAUACUGGAAACCUGAAAUUAACAGAAAAUGCUGGGAGUAUCAGUACCUGUGGGGAGAGAAUCUUAAAGCUAAAGAGCUUUUAUCAGAGUGACAGACGGACCAUGGGAAUAUCUGUAAUGAUUGUGAGUGGUGAGUGGUGUUCAUCCAUUCCUGUCCUCUCUCCCACCCCAGAGACGAAGUGCAGCCUGAGCCUUGGAUGCCGACCAGCCCAUUCUGAGCAUCCUCAGUCAGUCUGAUCGUUUGGGCCUCAUUGACUGCUCCAUUCAGCAUCUUAGGAUGAGUUCUCCUCAGAACGGCUGGAGCCACAGCCUUCUGCUCUCUGAGACGGGCUUUUUUCACCACACCCCACUCAAAAGGACAAGUAGUUCCACAGGGGAACAAUGGCUCCUGAUGUACCACACAUCAAUCUCAUUCUGUGCCAUGAGUUUUUCCACUUACCCUAACUGGUUUUAGGUGGGAGGUAGGUACUGACCAGAAACUGGAGGCAUUGGGCAUUUCACAUAAAAUCCAAUGAGCAGGGAAUCUUUCACAUGAUGGCACCGCUGCUGACCGUGUGACCUAGCCUCUCUGUGUGAAUGAUGUGAAUUGGGUCUGACGUGAUCUCAUCAACUACCUCCACACGGAAGAGUGUGACCAACUCAAUCUCUCAUCUCAGAAUAGAGGGACAUCCCUUAAGAAUAAAGAUGAGGAGGAAUUUUUUUAGCCAGUGGGUGGUGAAACUGUGGAUUUCAUUGCCACAGUUGGCUAUGGAAGCCAAGUUAUUGAGUACAUUUAAAAGCAAAGUUGCUAGGCUCUUGAUUAGUCAGGGCAUCAAAGGUUAUGGGGAGAAGGCAGGAGAAUGGGGUUGAGA